AUGUCUUACGCCGACGCAGCUGCAAAGGGCCCCAAGCAGUCCCCUGAGGACGCCCGCGCUCCCCCUGUGGGCGGAGUCUAUCACGAUGAAUCUGAGAGCACGGCAUCGUUGAUCGACGUUGACAGCCCCCAUGUGCAGACUGUGGAGUCUGGCUUUCUCAAGCAAGAUGUUCAAACCACCACCCAAGCGGAGCGGAUAGAGCGCGAAGCCGAGGAGAAGCACGAGGACGAGGAAAAGAAGAAGGCCAAGGCCCACAAGGUGAAGAGCAGUGGCAUCUAUGAAAACGCUAGCAACCCUGUCUUCCUUGCCAAUGCCGCUAUCGCAACUGUGGUCGGCGCAGGCCUCGGCUUCGGUGCCUACAAGCAACACGCGCGGGGCAACCUCUCCUGGGAGCUGGUCGGACUAUCUGCCGGUGCUGUUGGGAUCUUUGGUGCGGUGGACUACUUCGUCAGCAAGUGGUUCCUGCAGAACAAGUUCCCCCCAAAUAGAUGUGCAGCGUUUCAUCUCUUUCUUUCUGGUGUUGCGUAA